CUCCAACGCAGUAUUUAGUUACGCGCUGCUCAGUGGCUGAUUGGGAGCCCGCACUCUGGAGCCUUAUGCUCCGCCAUCGGCAGCCUGUCUUUCGCCAGCGUCCCCAUUCCCAUUACUCAUUCCCUCAAUAAUCCCUUUUUCUGUUGCGUUUCCCGUCCCUUCCCCGCCUUGUCUUUUUUCUUCCGCGACUUGUACUAUAGUCGCGAUUCUAGAGUCUCUCCUCUUCCCCUCCCCCUCCCCCUCUCUCUUUUCCUCUUCCCUCCCUAUCUUUCCUUCUCCUUCCGCCUCUCCUGAUCAUCACCAUGGACUCUCGACCGGCGACGGCUGAGCCGUCCAACAAGCGGCCGCGAUCGCCGUCCGGCGAUUUCCCUCCGAUCGCAUCCAAAAUCGCCAGACCUUCCAAUCACCUGCAGAUUAAUUAUCUAGCCCGUCAGUAUCCAGACAAUCUGCCUCUAGUCUCCGUCGAGGAUACCAUGCCUUCGAUCAUUCAUUUGAUCGGAGAAUACGACGGCGUUUUGCAUCGACACGAGAGUAUCGCCGGCAAUCUUGGAGCUUGUCCGCUGGGUCCCAUCCUGAUCAAGCGCUUCGAGCGCCUCUUCGAUGGACCGCCUCGCGUGCUCAAGUCCCACGGCAAGGAUUCUCCCAACGUUACUUGGUUGGACGUGGUAGAAUUCGCCAAAAACAAGCCGGAACAGUUUAACCUGGAGAAGUCCCGCAAUGGCGUGCGCGUCUGCCAAUUCUACACCAAACAGUGUCGCGUGGAGAUUAGCGAGGAGGAUUUUGUUCUGAUUGCAUCAGGCAUGCCGCAGAAGAUGAUCCCCCCUCAGCCGAUCAUCGAAGAUGAAGAGAAGGAACUGGGCGCGCUGGAGAUAUUGGAGAAGAAUCUCCAGCAGAUUAUCCAGGUCGCCGACCAAGUCUCCGCGCGAGCCCGACAACUCAACCACCGCUUGAAGAACCGGCGGACGGCGAUCGUCACCCGGCGGGAGAACGACAUGUCGCUUCACUCGCAACGACAGCAGCAACAACGCUCGAUCAGUCCUGCCUGGCGCGAUGCGAACGGACACGGACUGCCACUCCUCAACGGCAGCGCGCCAGCGAGCGCCCCUUCUCCCUCCACUGGUUUUGUGGCGGUCAAUGCCGGCCGGCCCGGCGUUGGCGAGGCCGCUGUGGAGGAAAGCUCUCCCUCGUCGCAAUUCAUGUUCUCGCACUCCAACACGGAUAAUGUCACAAUCAUCAACGGUACCUCCAUCAAGGGAGCCUCCCCAACGACGCGCGCCGAGCUCAUGAAGAAGUUCUUCACUACGCAAGAUCGUCAAUCACGGAGCUACGAGGAGGGACCCGACUCGGCUGCCCGACAGUCAUCACGGCCGCGACCGCGCGCGUCGGAUGCGAGCGACUACAACGUGUAUACCCCGGCCCCCACCACCGUUGCCAUCCCGCAUACUCCGUCCUCCUUGUUGCCACCCCCCAAGUCUCACCACCACGACAAGGACGACGGGGGCCCGCACAAGAUGGAGAUGGUGGCGCGCAUGGAGGAACUGCAGCGCGGAGAACGCAUCAUGCCGCCUUGUGACCGGUGCCGUCGUCUCCACAUGGACUGCCUGAAGAAUCUGACGGCAUGUAUGGGGUGUACGAAGAAGCACGCCAAGUGUUCUUGGAAGGACGUCAAGGAAGACGAGUUGCGGGAGACGCGGGUGGACCGGAGCUCGCGGGAGCGGAUGGAGGAGGCACCAGCCAAAGAGGUCUCGGCGACCCCGGUACUACCCGCAUCGGCCGCGCCCCCAUCUGCGGCGCCGACUCCGGUGUCGGAGCCGACGAUGAUGGACGUGGAUCGCCCGCACGCCCACGACGCCCAUGUGGAUUACAGUACGCGCCGCGAGUCGGCCCCAACCGCGACGGCUGGACCGGCCGUGGGAACGCCCUUCAAGAGGGAUCUCUCGCCUCGUCGCGCAAUGAGCGAGAUUCAGGGGAGCAACAUGAUGACACACGACCGACGAAUCAGCCUGCACCGACACAGUGAUCCGGCGCAGGACGAUGACGCGCCGGAUGCGAAUUCGCGUCUGAUGCAGGCGAUUUUGGACACGGUGGACCAUCACGCACGGGUGGCCGCGGCGCAAAAAGAGGGCCAUGAGGUCAGUCACGAGCGGGAACGAGAGCGUGAGCGCGAGCGGGAACAGGAGCGGGACCGGGAAAGGAAGCUGGUGCGAGCAUAGUGUACAUGACCGGUGGAUGACCGGCGGUUUUGGAUUUUUUGUGUAUGUAUUGAUCUGUUUUUGUGUGUACUGUUGAGCGAGUCUGGCAGAUAUCCCGGUUGUUUGGAACAUGAUGCAUUGAACUUCUACGAAUGAUUAGUA